AUGGUUCGUCGUGCAAGCGGCCUGGCCCAGAUUGUGAAGUUCCUGGCUAAGGAGCUGUCGGAAGAUGGGGUGGUUGAUGGAGGUCAUCGCGAAGGGCGGAGAACGAGAGGACUUGUCGACAUACGGAGGGACGACGAUGGUCUGCAAGUAUUGGUCGCGGAUCACGAAGCCCACGCGCCGACGGCGGCGGCAGUGGCGGCGGCGCCGCCAUGGGAUUCUGAAAGACGGCCUCGUAGUGGCGUCCCAGUCGGUACUGCUGCUGCAUGUGCUGCUCCUGGACGGCGGCCAGCGCCGAUUGCGCGUCCCUCACGUCGUAGAAAUGGACCGUCACCAAACCCUCGCGCCGCCGCUCCAUCUGCACCGCCCGCACGUCGCCGAACACCUCCAGCUCGCGGCGGACCGCCGACUCGCUCACUGAAGCCGGCACCAUGCUCAGGAGCAGCGUCCGGGACGGAGCCGGCGACGGCGGAGGCAGGGAGACCGGCGGGGAAGGUGGGGGAAACUGCGGCCGCGGAUACCCCGGCGGAGGAGGAGGGUAGGGGUAGUAAAUUACGGUCGCCGUCGGGAAGAAUUCUUGAGCGGCGGGAUCCAGGUGGUGACCCGGAAACCGGGAAAAGCCGGGUUCCGCCAUUAAUGAAUGGAAAAGGGAAUAAAGAAGAUGGAAGGAUUUCUAAUAGGAAUUUUAUCCUUGAGGAAAUGUGUACUCAGCCUUUGGAUGAUGAAUCUUCUGCAGCAGAGGAUUAG